GUCACACUUGACACAACAAUUAACACUUCAGAUGCAUUAUCUGACCUAGAUAAUAAACUAUGGUUCUAGAUGUUGAAUCCAACACUAACCAUCACAAUUUUCACUAUUUUGGCAGCAUCUCAUGCUAAUAAGACAGUAGACGAACAAGGAUUUAUCGGACAUUUAACAACAUCGUUUAUCAACAUUGUUGGAUUGCUGACGAAAGUUUCUCAUAAGUAUCCUAAUCCAAAAGGGUGUUUAAAAGAAGACAACGAAUUUGACUUCAUAAUUGUGGGUUCUGGGCCAAGCGGAUCCGUUUUAGCUAACCGGCUGUCCGAAGAAGAAUGUUGGCAAAUUCUGCUACUGGAAGCUGGGAACGAAGCAUGUCCGAUCACAGAAGUGCCACUUUUAUGCGGUACACUAGAAUUUUCAAAAUACAAUUGGGGUUAUAAAUCUGAAAAAAUGGAUGGCUUUUGUACAGGUUGCAUAGAUGGUAGAAUGCAACUUCCUCACGGAAAGGCGCUUGGUGGCAGCUCAGUUAUAAAUUACAUGAUCUACAUGAGGGGCAACAAGUUGGAUUACGACAGAUGGGAAGCGAUGGGAAAUCCAGGAUGGUCCUACAAAGAUAUAUUUCCAUACUUCUUGACGGCCGAAGAUGCUAACAUUACGGGAUACAAAGACGCUGGAUAUCACAAAAAAGGCGGGUAUUUGGGAGUCAGUGAUGUGACGUAUAGGUCUAGAGCAGCUUAUGCCUACGUAGAGGCUGCUCAAGAAGCCGGGCACCGAUUUGUGGAUUAUAACGGAAGAGGCCAAGUUGGGGUAUCCUACGUACAGACGACCACCAAGGGAGGAAAAAGGGUGAGCGCAGAAAGUGCAUUUCUUCGUCCUAUUCGAAACAGGACAAAUCUGUUCAUACGAACUGGAUCCCAAGUGACAAAGGUUCUCAUAGAGCCUGGAUCAAAUAAAGCUUAUGGUGUCGAAUUUGUACGAAACGGCAAAAAAUACAAAGCAGUUGCUAGAAAAGAGGUCAUUGUAUCUGCUGGUGGCUUCAAUUCGCCUCAAUUGUUGAUGUUGUCGGGGAUUGGACCGAAGAACCAUCUGCAGGAAGUUGGCAUACCAGUAAUCAAAGACCUUCCGGUUGGUGAAACACUGUAUGAUCAUCCUGUAUUUGCCGGUAUUAUAUUCACUGUGAACGAGAGUAUUGUCUUAGAUCUCAAAAGUACUAUACUAGAUCCUGAUUCGUACGUUGAAUAUCUUCAGAGAGGUUCUGGGCCCUUAACGGUCAUUGGUGGUGUAGAAGCACUAACGUUCAUAAAUACAAAUAUAUCAGAUGACUCAGAUCCAAGAUUGCCAGAUGUUGAGCUAAUUUUCAUAGGUGGUUCCCUCAGUGUAGAUCAUGGAGUUAUUCUAAGGAGACUACUUAAUAUUCCAAGAGCUACAUACGACGUAAUGUGGAAACCUUUAGAAGGAAAACAAACUUUUCAGGUAUUUCCAAUGCUAUUUCAUCCAAAAUCAAAAGGUUAUAUGAAGCUACGGUCGAGCAAUCCUUUUGAUCCACCGAAGUUUUAUCUCAACUAUUUUUCUGAUCCAGAACACAUCGAUAUUGAGAAUAUGAUUGCUGGUAUAAGAGAGAUACAGAGAAUAGUAGAAUUUCCUGCAAUGCAGAAGUUUGGAGCUACGAUUGUGGAUACACCAAUACCAGGGUGUGAGCAUUACGCUUUCGACUCAGACGCAUACUGGGAAUGUGGUCUACGCACUCUUAUAGGCAGUCUGUAUCACCAAGUGGGCACUUGUAAAAUGGGUCCGCGUGAAGACAAAGAAGCCGUGGUUGACUCAAGACUUCGGGUGCAUGGAAUAAAGAACUUGCGCGUGGCUGACACCAGUAUCAUUCCAUUGCCUGUGACUGCGCACACUGUCGAACCUGCGUAUGUGGUUGGAGAAAGAGGGGCUGACUUGAUCAAGCAGGAUUGGGGCGUGCUGUGAUCUAUGAUAUUUUCAGUUUUGUAUAGUAUGUAGAUUGUUUAUUGGGCCUUUUGCCCCUGUUGAGUAUGCCCGUAACUGGAUGCAAGCAAAUUUGUAAUUGACUUUGAAUAGCCUAUUCAAAAACACCGAAAGUAUUUUCAUCCGCGGUAUGCAUUGCAUCAGGUCAAAUCAAGUAUUUAUCUUUAAGACAGAGAAUAUCUUCGCUUUAAUGCAGCAGCUCGUAGCAGCUAUCCAAGAAUGUUGUUUUUGAAGAUUUUAUUUUUGUUUUACAUGAUAAAAAAAGAUAUUUCAAUAAAAAGUAUACCAACG